AUGAAUAGCUUCGAAGGCAAUAUUGUAUAGUUUGAAUUAAAAAUGAAUUAAUAAAGUUUGUGCUUAAGAUUAUAAACAUUGCAUAAACACAGGCAUCUCUCUCAUCCGAUUUAUUAUGCGCCCAAAUCUAAAUAACAUAGAAGCUUUAGUUUGCCUAAACUCUUUGUCUUUAGUACAAGGAAGUAAUUUCAAGAGAUCCCUCAAAAAAUGAGAAGAAAAAGCUGUGAUUGUCAAGAAUGUGGAAGAAUGACAAGCUUCCAAUAUAAAAACAUGAAUAUCCCAUUCAUUCUCAAGCCAUCCAGACUAAGAAAGUAACCAUCUCUCAAAAAUAAUCGAUUAUUGACUGCAUAAAAUACAAGUAUACGUUUGCACUAGCAAUAUCAUAGAAAAACUAUUUCGCAAAUUCUCUGCCUCUAAAUAAGAUUCGUUAAUUAGUACUUCAUCUUCUCAAUUAAUGCUUACUUCUCUCCGUAGAGCAUCAGCAAGAACCACAGAAAAACUAAUUGAAGACACCCAAAUUCGCAUACAUGAGCCUCCUAAAACCUCUAAAAGUCAUUUCUAAUAAGAUUCUUAAAAACCAGAAAUAAAAAAGAUUACAUUAUAAAUUCCAAAAUCAUCGAGAAUUAUCAAAACACAACCUUCUGAUCACUAAAGCAUUAAGUUGCCGUAGACACUAAAAAGCAUGAAGUAAAUUCACACUAGAAGCUUUCUUUGCUCAUACUUAACUAAAUAUAAGAAAUCGAAAACAUGUAUGGUUUAAUAAAAGAUAUGA